CCAAGCCAAGCGCACUGCGCACAUAAACAAGUGCUAUAGCCACCUCCCGCUCACAGCCAUCACCUUUCUCAUCCCUCCCCACACGAGCUAAGCGCACACAGCAACUGCCACAGAUCCUGCCCGGCCGGCCAGCCAGGACUCCAUCGGCUUCUCCGCCUCACCUCUCCGCAGCAAGCAGAGCAGAGCAGAGCAGGGGAUGAAGAGCGUAGCGGGGAGCCCGGGGACAUGGAGCGGCAUGGCGCUGCGGCUGUCGCAGUGCGUCUUCGCCGCCGCGUCCGUCUUCUCGUUGGUCUCCGGCUUCGGCUACUCCAACUACAGCGCCUACUUCUACAUGAAUCUAGCGUUGAUUCUGCAGACUAUGUGGAGUUUGGGCCUUGUUUGUAAGGAUAUCUUUGCUCUAAGGAAUAAAAAGGAUCUUCACACCCCGGAUAAUCUAUUGAUCAUUGUUAUGGUUGACUGGGUCGUGGCGAUUUUCAUGUUCUCAGCAGCCUGCGCCUCCGCGAGCCUGACAAUUUUCUUCAUGUGGGAUACGCACUUAUGCGGGGAAUACUCACGGCUGGCCUGCCGGCAGUUCGGGCUUUCGGUUGUCCUGGCGUUCAUCACGUGGUUGCUGCAAGCUGCAUCCUCUUUCUCCGGGUUCUGGCUACUGCUUUCGUUCUUCUAGUGUUCUCCCGUGCUCAUAAUCGCCGUCACGUCAGGCUAAUUGUCAGUCAGGACUCAGGAGGGUAAAUCGGUUGAAAUGUGCUCGGGACACUUGCUAAUUCCAUCCCUUGUUGGAUAGAUGGAUUGUCUGUUUGAUAGUAGCUCAUCUUUAUUCUGGGCGUUGGUUAUGAGCUCCUUGUGGUGGAACAGUUACUGUUUAGAUUAUGUGGGAUAAUUAAUAUUAAUAGUAGUAUAUGAGCUAACUCCCCAUCUAAGGUACCUGAAAAAUGCCCUGGUUAUUGUGCAAUGGAAUUUUAUAUCCCUUCAAAAAAAAAUGUGUUGAACACAUUUUUGGAAGGAUGUUCA